AUGGCCACUGAGUCUAGUUUUGUGCAAGCAGCCAUCCCACACUUUGAUGGUCACUAUGACCAUUGGAGUAUGCUCAUGGAAAAUUUCUUACGAUCAAAUGAAUAUUGGUCAGUUAUUGAAUCAGGGAUUCAAGAAUCGCCAGUAGGUGCAGUCUUGAAUAAUGCCCUGAAAACAGAGUUUGAAGCUCGAAAGUUGAAGGACCUAAAAGCAAAAAAUUACCUCUUUCAGGAAAGUGAUCAUGCAAUCUUGGAAACUAUUCUUUGCAAAGAAACUUCCAAGGAUAUUUGGGAAUCCAUGAAGAGAAAAUAUGAAGGCUCUGUCAGAGUGAAACGUGCACAACUUCAAGCCUUGAGGAGAGAUUUUGAGACAUUGGCUAUGAAGGAUGGAGAAUUUGUGACCAACUAUUUUGCAAGAACAAUGGAGAUUAUUAACAAGAUGCGGUUCCAUGGCGAAAAGAUGACGGAUGUCACUAUUGUUGAGAAGAUUGUGCGAUCUCUAACAACAAAUUUCAAUUAUGUUGUUUGCUCAAUUGAAGAAUCAAAAGACAUAGGUGUGAUGUCUAUUGAUGAAUUGCAAAGCUCCUUGUUGGUUCAUGAGCAGAAAAUGCACAGAAGUUCUACUACAGAGGAGCGAGCACUGAAGGCCUCUACCGCUACCAAUACUCAUUCCUCCGAUUUUAGAGGAAUGGGAAGGGGAGAGGUAGAGGUAACUGUAGAGAAAGAGGAGAACGUGGAAAAAGAGAAGAUAACAAGAAUCACAAGCUAA